AUGGACAAAGACUUUCAAGAGGUCGAUCUCACCGCCACUCAAGGCCGUCGAGCCUCGAGGAUGGACCCUGAGCGCCGCAAACAAGUCGAAAAAUCGCUAAAGCGAAAGCUAGAUGCACGAUGCUCACUAUUCGUGCUGAUCUACAUCAUGAACUAUCUCGAUAGAAACAAUAUCGCAGCAGCGCGACUCGGAGGGCUGCAGGAGGACCUGGGCAUCAACAAUACUCAAUAUGCGACUUGUCUAAGCAUUCUAUAUGUCGGCUACAUCUUGAUGCAAGUACCCAGCAACAUCCUCAUCAACCGCAUAUCAAGGCCGUCUACCUACAUCUCUGCAGCCAUGCUUCUUUGGGGCCUGAUUUCCACGUUGUCCGGAUGCACCCACAAUUUCGCUGGUAUGGUGGCUAUCAGGUUCUUCAUUGGUUUCGUAGAGGCGGCUUUCCUCCCAGGAGCUUUACUUAUACUAUCCAAGUGGUAUACUAAGCGAGAGCUCACCACCCGCAACGCGAUAUUGUUUUGCGGAAACCUUAUCUCGAAUGCCUUCUCUGCACUCGUUGGUGCUGCGGUACUUUCUAACAUGGAAGGUACUCUUGGCCAUCGAGCGUGGAGGUGGUUGUACUGGAUUGAGGGUGCUGUUACGAUGCUGAUUGCCAUUGUCGCCGCCUUCAUCCUGCCUGACCUGCCACAUAAUUCCAGGGGAUUCACACAGGAAGAGCGCGAUAUCGCGGUCCUACGAAUGACCGAGGAUGUAGGCGAGGCUGACGCCGACUCUGCAGACCAAUCUCCUUUCGCAGGACUGAUCAUGGUCGUAAAGGACGUCAAGGUCUACCUGAUGAUGUUGACGUUCACCGCCUAUGUCGUCGGAUUAUCGUUCAACGCCUUCUUCCCCACCCUUACCCAGACGCUGGGCUUCGGCUACAUCCCCACACUGCUCAUGAGCUCACCACCAUGGGCAUUCUCCUGCAUCGUUUCGAUCAUCAACGCCUGGCACGCAGACCGCACGCAGGAGAAAUUCUGGCACAUCGUGGGCCCGAUAGUCGGCGGCCUCGUUGGUUUCGUCAUCAGUAUGUCGACUCUUAAUGUCGCCGCACGCUAUGUCGCAUUAUUUCUUCAGGCGAGCGCCUACGCCGGCUUCAUCGUCUUCUACUCGUGGAUCAGCUCGUCGUUCCCACGCCCGCCGGCCAAACGAGCCGUCGCGAUCGCAAUGGUCAAUGCGUUCUCGCAGCUCGGCAAUAUCGCCGGCUCGUAUGUCUGGAAUCUGCCGGAGAAUGGAUUCCGCAAGAGCUAUGGUAUUGUGACUUCAAUGUUUGGAGUGACGAUUUUGGGUUGCUAUGCUUUCAAGUUGAUUCUGGUUAGGUUGAAUAGGAAGAUUGAGGCGGGUGAGAGGGCUUGGAUCACGAAUGAUGAUGUUGCGCAGCAGACAGCGGAGACGGAGGGUGUUUCUGUCGAGGAGGGGAUUAAGUUGCAGAGGGGAUUUAGAUAUCUUGUCUAG